GAUUGCUGAUUGUUUCUUGCAGGGAGAUCUGAGGAGCACUCGGACCAACAUGGACUCGGUCCUGGACCCGUUCUCUGCGCUCCACUCUCUGUCUUCCCCUCCGUACUUUGAUGAGGACGAGUUCUUCACGGACCAGUCCUCCAGAGACGGACACUUGGACUCAAGGGACUUCUUGGACGAGGACGUGGACUUCCUGACCUCGCACCUGCAGGAGUAUUACAGCAGGACGGAGGGAGACCUGGACCUGUCCUUCUCCUCCUCCUCCUCUUCGUACGGCUGCACCCCCGAUCUGUCUCCUCGGCUGGGCCGCUCCGACCCGGUUCUGAAGCGCAGGCGGCUCCGGUCCGAGGUGGAGCUGCAGCAGCUGCGGCAGGCCGCCAACGUGCGGGAGCGCCGCAGGAUGCAGUCCAUCAACGAGGCGUUCGAGGGUCUGCGCGCGCACAUCCCGACCCUGCCCUACGAGAAGAGGCUGUCCAAGGUGGACACGCUGCGCCUCGCCAUCGGAUACAUCAACUUCCUCUCCGAGCUUGUGCAGUCCGACCUGCCCAUCACAACCGCUGGCAGCGACACGCACGCGCAGCCCAAGAAAGUCAUCAUCUGCCACAGAGGAAAAAGAUCCCCGUCUCCCAGUGACCCGGACUACGGCCUGCCCCCCCUGGCGGGUCACUCCCUGUCCUGGUCCGACGAGAAGCAGCUCCGGGAUCACAACAUCAUCCGGACCGCCAAAGUCUGGACCCCGGAGGAUCCGCGGAAACUGCACGUGCCGGCGGGCCUGACGGACAUAGAAAACGAGCCUCCUUUCAGCCUGGUGGCCUGAGGAGGAGAAGAACCCGAACCGGGCCGGCCCGGGUUCUGGCUGGGAACUGUGACGUCACGCUGCUGCUCUCAGUGUGUUUGUAGUUUUAUCAUGUUGAUAAUUUUAUUUUGUAAUUCAGGCAAUCAUUUAUUUAUUCCCACAUGUGAUAAUAUAUAGAUGUAUAUUUUAAUUUAACGGAGAUGUUUAAAUUUGAUCUGCAAAUAAAA